GCCGCCAGUAUAGGUGAGCAGCCAGCCCGCCGUCAUUAUCUCAUCCUCUAUCGUAAUCUGCCCCAGUGGAAACCGUGGCGGCGAGGAGAUCUCUGCGUUUGGGGAACAGAUUAAUAUGCAUCCGAUCCCACACCUUUCCCUCCAUAGAUCGGCGUGUUUGGGCGAUGACUUUGCGAAACAAUGGGGUGCUCUUGGUGCUGCUAGAGAUGCCAUCCGGCUUCGCGGUUUUCAAUUUCUGUGGGAUCUACCUCUACUUACCAGAUGCAAUACAAAGUAUGUGGGUAAAAUUUGCUAACUAUUAUAGGGCAAGGCGGGUUGUUUGGCUGAAGGAAUUUCAAACUUUUGAUGACAAGUCCAGAGCCAUUAAUGCUGAUACUGGUGUUAACAAACAGCUCACUCAGAUGAUCUUGAAGUGGCGCCGCCCUGGGCAGGAACUACUUGUUGGAAAACCGGAAUAUAAAUCAGUAAUUGAAGCAAGCUUGGGAAUACCCUGCCGGCAUGAUGAACUUGUAAUGGAGGUAAUGUGGGGCAUGAAGCGUUUCAUGCCUAGUUUGGUGCGCAGAGAAAAAUCAGAGCUUCCUAAAGAAGAUCUGCUCCCAGUGAGUCAAGGACUACAAAUGCUAUUGAGUAGUUACGGCUUUGAUGUCAAACCAGAGAUGGUCAACGACCAGAUUGUUGCGACUGCAUCCGUCUUGUUUGAUUGUGAUGCUGCUGAGAAGAAACAGUACAGAGACUUCCAUGCUCUUGGUCGCCACCUUAAGAAUGUGUCUGGCAUUGAGUAUGAGAACUGGGACCUUCUGAAACUUGCGACAGCUUUUAAAAUCAUAUGCAGCCGUGAAAUUGGUGAUUCUGAUGAGAUGCUUUCAGAAGACGUGCAAACAAAGUUGCUGGAUGAUGCGGAUAAAUACGAAAAGAAGAUAAAUAAGCUAGUCUGCAUGUUGAAUCACCAUGAAGUAGUCUCUAACUAUCAAAUCAAGACUCGCCACAAAGAUAUGUUGGCUGGCUUGGUAAAGAAAGCUAAAGAAGCGCGUGUCCGGUGUCCCGUGAGAAGAAGUAAGAAGGUAAAUAAAGCCUAUGGUCAAUGAGGGAUGUCUGUAUAAUUCAUAGAGGCGUAGACAUGCAUCAAUUAGAACGUAGUAAAGCAGUUCAUAGAAAUUUGAUGAUCUUGCUUCCUCAAUGUAAAGAAUUUUUUUAAGAAAAUCAUACUGUAUGUUUUAAGGUC